GUUGUAGUUCCCCUCGCAUGUGAAACUAUAAAACGUUCAUCUUAUCUUCGGUUUAUUCUGCUUCUUCUUUUCUUUCUUUUCUCAAGAAUAAACCGAAGGGAGGGUGUCUUUCUUCUUUCUUGUUCUUCUUCUCACUCUCUCUUCCCCAGAAGAAUGGCUCCCAAAACCCCCCGUGUCCUGUUCCUCGCGAAUAGUGAACACGGCCAGACAAACAUCAUCCUCGCUCUCAUCCAUGAACUGCUCGUUCGAGGCGACAUUGACGUUCAUCUGGGUUCUUUCCCCGUCCUCGAGCGUCGUCUGGAGAAGCUCCUCAAAGACAAUGCCCACGCCUACGAUGCCUCCUUCAGAUCGCGGAUUCAUUUCCAUCCUGUCCGCGGGCCCUCCAACACGGAUGUCUUCAUUCGCACGGGCAAGCGAGGCGCAUUCCACCCGCCUGGCUAUUCAGGCUCCAUUCUAGGCUUCCAGUCCCUCAUUGAGGAUAUCUGGGGGUGGAAUGAAGAGGAGUAUGUGGAUGUGUAUGAGAGCUGUGUCGAGAUCGUCCACAAGGCCGAUCCGUCCAUUAUGGUCGUCGAUUUCUUCUUCCUGCAGGGUAGAGAUGCGGCGUUUAACACUGGCCAUACGGCUAUUUUGCAGAACACCACGGCGCUCAGUCACAUUGUGCUGGGGUUGCAGAAGAACAAUGCCUGGGCGUGGAAGUACCCAUUACCCGGAACUGGUUUCCCAUACCCCCUCCCCUGGCAUCUGAUUCCCUCCAACACCAUGGCCUGCAUCAAGACAGCCAAGAUGUACCAUGGCAGUGGAAGACGGCGCGAUAUCCGCGAUUGGCGCAUCAAACACAAGAUCCAUGGGCGAUUCCCCUUUGCCGACGCAUGGAGACCGGAUAGAUUGCAUCUGUCGCCCGCUCUCAAGGAGCUGGACUGGCCAUUCGACGUGCCUGAUAACGUCGUCGCGUGUGGGCCGAUUCUGCUACCUUGUGCGUCGGUCAAGACGCAGGAUCCCGAGAUGGAUACGUGGCUGGCAAAGGCGCCUACGAUCCUCGUUAAUUUGGGAACGCUGUAUGCUCCGGACCCGGACGUUGCGCUGCAUAUCGCAUCCGGUCUGAAGGGGUUCUUGGAUUCGUGGCCGGAUAAGAACGUGCAGGUGUUGUGGAAGCUGCCCAAGCACCCGCAUGACGAUGAUGAUGUCUAUAACCGGUCUGUUGGGGCGUUGGAGGAGGAAAGAAAGACGGAUCGUGUCCGUAUCCAGCCGUGGUUUGAAGUCGAGCCAUUGGCGAUGCUGGAGACUGGGCGCAUCGUUUGCUCUGUCCACCAUGGUGGUGCCAACUCGUGGUACGAGGCGAUUCAAAACGGUGUCCCUCAUGUUAUCCUCCCCGCCUGGCAAGACUGCUAUGAGAACGCUGCUCGUGCAGAAUGGCUGGGCAUUGGUGUGUACGGCAACAAGAGUCGCGCUCCCAACAUCGACUCGAAAGAGCUCAGCAAGGCCUUGCGCAAGGUCAUGAGCAGCGAUUCAUACCAGAAGAAGGCGACGGAACUGUCCAGGCUGUGCCAUAAGAAAGAAGGUCGUGUCGCUGGAUGCGAAAAGAUCGUCGAGCUGGCCUACAACCCAGACAAGAUGAAGAUCCAACUGCCCGACAUCAAGGAGGAAGACCACCGAGGCGAGCUCUCCACCGUGAAGAGCAAGUCUGGCAAGACUCUUGAGACCGUCAAGCCUCGAUAUGAGGGCAAGCCAACCUCCAAGUACGCAUCACACCUCCAUCUACUCCAUGAAAAAAUAGCUAACCACGCUCUCAAUAGAUCCCUCCCUCGCGGCAUCCUGGAAACCCUCAUUGUGCUCCUCACCAGCAACGCCUGGUUCCUCCUCCCUACGAUCGGAUACUCCCUCCUCCUCAUCCCCCGUCUGCGAUACUUUGUCCUACUCUACAUCCUCUACAUCAAAUACCUCGCCUCCGCCCACAAAACCGGCACCUCCCCCCUCCGCAACGACACCUUCCGCUCCAGCUGGUUCUGGAAACUCUAUGCCUCCUACUUCCCCCUCACCCUGUACCGCUCCGCCCCGCUCAGCCCCAAGAAACGCUACAUCUUCGGCUACCAUCCGCACGGCAUCGCGAUUCGGGGCGCAGUCGGCGCAUUCGCAGCAGACGGGGCCGGCUUCUCCGACCUCUUCCCGGGAAUCGACAACACGCUCCUCAUGAAAGAUAGCUCGUUCCACGCACCCCUUCUCCGCGAGUACCUCCUCUCCCUCGGCCUCAGCGGCGUCUCGCGAUCAUCCUGCAUCAAGAACCUCACGCGCGGCGGCCACGACGGGCGCGGCAUGGGCCGCUCCAUCACCAUCGCCGUCGGCGGAAGCAGAGAAUACGCCAUCGCGCAGCCGGGCAAGAUGGGCGUUGUCGUGAAGAUCCGCAAGGGCUUCGUGCGGGUCGCGGUUGAAACAGGCGCCGACCUCGUUCCGGUCCUGUCGUUUGGCGAGAACGAGCUCUUCGACCAGGUGGACAUGAACUCGUCUUCGGUUGGUGGGCUCGUCGCGCGUAUCUGGGAAACAUACGUCGGACACAAGGUUACGUUUGCGCUGGGGCGGUUUGGAAUCUUCCUUCCGUACCGACGGCCGAUGAAUGUGGUUGUUGGUGCGCCUAUCGAGGUCAAGCAGCAGCGGUGGGACCCUGAUCAGAAGUAUAUUGAUGAAUUGCAUGAGCGAUAUGUGGAGGAGUUGGGCAAGUUGUUUGGAGAGUGGAAGGAUGUGUUUGGGGUUGACAAGUCGGUCAAGUUUGAGGUUGUGGGGUAA